AGUCAAUCAACAUUUGAAUAUCUAACUGAAAACACCAAAUAUUCAAACUUAAAUUUAUUUAGCAUUUAAUUGUCGUUUAUAUAUUAAUAAAAAGUUUGUCUCUAUUUUAACCACAAAAUAAAUGCUUAAUUUGCUAAUUAUCUCAAAGAAAAUCCGGGAUUAGUAACGUUUGUCAUCUAAUCACUCAUUAAAAUGUAAAAUUUGUGGGUUAUUUUAAUUAUGGAUUCAAUCCAUUGCUCACCAGUAGUGACAACACCAGCUCAGGAAUCACCUGAUUAUGAGUCGAGUGUAGAGUCUUAUAGUUUUUGUGAAGAGCGUGAAGACGAAGACUUAACGAUGGAUUCAAACGCCACUUGUGAUGAAUGUACGGAUAUUUGUGUUAAUUAUAGCAAUCAUUUCAAUAAUAUAACCACUAGUUAUAUGACAACAAUUUAUGCAAAUAAUAAUCUGAAUAUAAGUAAUGAAAACAAUGCGAUCAAUGAAUUGGAUGAAACACUGUCUGACAUUAUAUUAUCACCGAAAAAGUGCCAAAUUCUUAGCCAUUCGUUAAACAAUACAUAUUUAGACAUCGAUAAGAAAGGAGUGAAUGUUAAAGAUAUUGAAUCACAAAUCAAAUUACCAUUAAAUCGCAAAAAGUCAUUAAUAUGUAGACUCUAUUCAAAUAACUCUGCAUUCAAUCGCCAUAAGAAACCAGCCAUAAGACUGUCUAUAUUAGGUCGACCCAUACCAUGGAGCCGAUCACGAAAUGAUACCGCAUUUUAUAAGGAAAAGUUUGAUGUCUAUAACUUCUUAAACCGACCUCAAGGAAGAACUGCCAUUUCAUACCAUAUUUUCGUUUCAUUUAUCGUUUUUGUAUGUCUAGUAUUGACUGUCUUCUCAACAGUUUCUGUCUAUGAAUCUUCAGCAACAAAUGCACUCAAAUAUAUGGACAGUUUGGUGGCCAUACUUUUCAGCGCAGAAUUUAUGGCCAGAUUGUGGAGCGCUUCCUGUAUAUCACAUUAUCAAGGCUGGAGAGGAACAUUACGUUUUCUUCGCAAUCCAUUUCGCAUAAUUGAUAUAUUGGUUAUAAUUACGUCAUGUAUUGUCUUAUUGAUUGACACCAAACGGCAGACAAUGUUUGUCUACUUCCGUGGCUUUCGUUUCUUUCAAGUGUUUCAAAUGCUUCGUUUGGAGCAUCGGUUCCGUCCGUGGCCUGUCAUGUCAUCUGUUGUUUGGCAACAAAGAGAGCAUUUAGCCAUUACUACAUAUAUGGGAUUUCUGGCGCUGCUCUUCGUCUCGUUUGUCAUCUAUUUUGUUGAAAAAGAUGUUAAUCCGCAGUUCAAUAGUAUCGCUGCCUCCAUGUGGUGGGCGGUCGUCACACUUUGCACAGUCGGUUAUGGAGAUAUGACACCCAUUACACCUGUGGGUAAAUUUUUGGCUUCAAUUUCUAUUGUGAUCGGUGUAUCUAUAUUUGCCUUACCGGCCGGUAUUUUAGGUACCGGACUCGCUCUUAAGGUGCAGGAACAGCAACGCGUCCGCCAAAUGGGUAAACGUAGAGAACCGGCAGCCAAAUUAAUUCAAUGCACGUGGAGAUGCUAUGUGUCCAGUGAAAACUCCAUGUCUAAAGUCACGUGGAAACCACACUUACGAAUUCAUGACAAGCCGUUGACAUUUCAGGAAAGAUCUGCCAUUAGAUUCAUACGAGUCGUCAAGUAUUUUAUCGCACGCAAGAAGUUUAAUACCGCACUCAAGCCGUACGACAUUAAGGAUGUGUUGGAACAGUACGCCUCCGGACACGCGGAUGUCUUGGGACGAGUCAAACACAUGCAGUCACGGCUGACAUCAGUUCAGGCGUCUGUCAACAACAAUCUCAGAUCACUUAACGAAUCCAAAGUUAUACUGACCUCUCGUAUCAUUCAAUUGGAAACAAUUGCCAGUGAUUUGCAUAAAACCUUAUCUCAACUCAUGGACAUCCAAAUUAAGGAGUUUGACAUCUAUUACAAACAACAGAAGAAACUCGUUUUGACUUAUUUUCUCAAUUUUUUUAUAAUAAUUAUAUUUUACAUAAUUUAUUAAUAUUUUUUUAUAUAAAAUUAAGACAACAAACAAUCAUAAUAAUU